CCCUCUUUCAAAUCUUCCGAGAGAAAAUUAUCCCCUCUUUCUGGCCACUGUAUCUCUCUCUUCUUUUCGGCAGUCGCCGUUGCAUCACUCUUUCUCCAUUCUCACCUCUCGCGCCGGCGUUCCGUUCAUCCGCCGCUUGUGAGAAAUAAAAAUGGAAAUAGUUCGUCGUCCUCAACUGAAGUCUACUGCAAUCGACCGUGGAGUUCCAACUCUUCCUCUUUACCGCACGACUCCAUCUCUCGAAGUUCGGCUCGAUGAUUUUGAGCUCUACGCCAUAGAUCGGCUCCGAGUGCUCACGGGGAUUUCCGAUGGAUUGUCUCGCGGGAAGAGGUCCGAGGAAAUGGAGAAACUGGUGACAGCAAUGGCCUGGAUUUUCCGGCCAGUCGCGGAACUGUGGAAAGCGAAUAUGAGGCAUCCGCAGGCGUCGGAGCUCAUGAGCAAGGACAUCAUUUCUCAUUUCGUUCUCCGUCUUGUGUACUGUAGAACGGAGGACUUACGGAAGUGGUUUCUCUCCAUGGAGACGGCUCUAUUCCGGUAUAGGUUCCGCCUUCAGAGUGCCGAGGCUCAGAGGGCUGCACUGGCUGAGUUCCAACUUCCUUACAAGGCAGUCACUGCUGCAGAGUUUGAGGCUAUAAAGGACAAGCUGACUCUGGUUGCCCGCUCAAUCAACCAAACGUUACCUGCAGCGGAUUCUAUAUUCUACAAGGUUCCAUUUCAAGAAGUUCCUGAACUUGUGGCUGGCCGUAGAGUUUUUCUCAGCGAUGGGUAUGCUUAUGUUGCCAUGAUUCAGGUCGUGUCGCUUGUGGCCACUCAGUUUCGAAGUCUUCUCUCAAAGGCGCUCACUCUAACUAACAGGAAAUGGAUGUCUACCAUUAGAGAACAGGAGAAGGAUAGGUUAACCCCUAUUGUGGAAGCCUUAUCAACGAGCUACGUGGGUCCUGACUAUUCUGUGGGAAGGGAAUUUGGUGAAGUGUCGCUCAAAGACAUCGAUAAUGUGGCCAAGAACUCGUUUCCUUUGUGCAUGCGCCAUCUAUUCGACAAACUUAGAGAGGAUCAUCAUCUAAAGCAUUGGGGGAGAAUGCAAUUGGGUCUCUUUCUCAAGGGUGUCGGGCUGAAGUUGGAUGAUGCGGUUGCAUUCUGGAAGGCAGAGUUCUCUCAAAAGGACUAUACGCCUUACUCAUGUCAAAAGAUCAUCUCAUUGACUCCUAGUGUAGGAGAUCAUCACGGAUGCCCUUAUCGGCAUUUUAGGUAA